AACAAUGUGCAAUGAUAACACAUCACUUAAUAAUUCUGAACUUUGUUUAACUAAUCUUAACAACUAAACUAGUAUUAAAUCUAAUUUUUUUAAGCUAAAAACCUUAAACUAUAUUUAUAAUGGCUCAAAAAGAAAUUGAAAUAUCAGAGUUAGAAGAAUUACAAGCUAAAAAACUUUGGCAUCAGCUAACUUUAAAGCUUUUAGUGUAUGUUAAAGACCCCAAUGUUCAGAAAAAAGCUAAUUUGUUGUAUUUUUAUUCCAAAUUUAUUCAUCCAAUUGAAUCCAAAAUGAAUUAUUUUGCUCUUGUUGAAAUAAUUUCAUACAUAAUUCCACUUUACAAAGAUCCAAAAGUGGCAGUUGCAUUUUUAGAAACCAUUGAGACAAAAGUUAAGGAUAAUAUUGAAGCUUUAGUUUUUGCAAAAGUAUUAAGAGGUGAAAUUUUAUUAGAAAAAUUGAAAAAUCAACCAGAAACUUUAAUUCUCAUUACAGAAAUUGACAAGUUGUUAAGUGAUCUAGAUGAAAUAUCUCCUGUUCAUAGUCGAUACUAUUUGUUAGCUAGCCAAUUAUAUCGUCUUCAAGGGAAGCAUACUGAAUACUAUCGCACCUGUUUAAAGUAUCUAGGUGCAAUAGACUUGUCAACAAUAAACCAACAAGACCAAUUGAAGAAUGCAUUUUUAUUAGGUCUUGCUGCUUUACUAAGUGAUGAUAUUUAUAAUCUUGGAGAAUUGUUAAUGCAUCCUAUUUUGGAUUCUUUAACAAAUACCUCUAACUACUGGCUAGUUGAAUUAUUACAUGCUUUUAAUAACGGGGAUAUUACAAAAUUUGCCAAAAUGAAGCCACAGUGGGCAUCUAUUCCUGAUAUAGCUGUCCAAGAACAUAAACUAAGACAGAAAAUUUCAUUGUUGUGUCUUAUGGAAAUGACAUUUAAGCGGCAAGCUAAAAAUAGAUGCUUGUCAUUCCAGGAAAUAGCACAAGAAACUCAGCUAUCGUUAGACCAAAUUGAAAUGUUAGUAAUGAAAGCAUUAUCAUUGGGAUUAGUAAGAGGUAAAAUUGAUCAAGUUAACGAAGUAGUGAAUUUGGAAUGGGUACAACCCAGGGUGAUGAACAAAACUCCAAUAUCUGGCAUGAUUAACAGAUUAGAUUCCUGGUGUAGUGAAGUCAAAAAUAUGCAGUAUAGAAUGCAAGAUGAAGCUCAGGAAUUUUUGAAAGUUUAAAUAGAAUUCAUUUUUUUAUUAAAAUCUUUAUAAAAUAUUUAUUUAGAAAUGUAAAAUAUUGUAUUAACAUAAACAAUUUUAUCAAUCACAAAAUAUAUAAUUUCAUAUAUCAUCAGAA